CUUGGUGCUCCUUUAAGGGCUUCGUUUCCGACAAAGUCGCGGUUUGCAUUCCGAAAAAGGGUAUCAACACACUAAGUACUGCUAAAGUAGAGCAGCAUAUGUUUUUCAUUGGCACCCUUUGCACCGCGCUUGGGAUGUGCAGGAAAUACCUCAGUGGAGAAAGACAAUGGCAGGCCCUGGCGUUGACGUUUAUUGCGGAUCACGAUGCCAACGACAAUAUGAAGCGAUACUGCUCAGAAGAGCGUAGUUCCGUCAGCGAAGAGCUCGUGAAGCGCAAGGCGAGUGAGCGAGACAUGCACACCCUGUUCGGUUAGUAGGCCAGGUACGACUAAGGCUUGAUACCUAUACCCCCGCAUGAGUCGCCAGACGAGGUGCUUAGACGAUCCAUGCGCAGC